CUUUUUCCCGAACAAACCGACGCGGCCACGUCCCCACCAAGAGCAGCGAGAGCAUGGCGGCCACGAGCUCCGCGGCGCUCUUCUCCGUCCUCCCCCUCCCCACAGCCACCCCGGUCUCCGCCCGGGCAGGCAGCAGCCUUUGCAGGCCGACGCGCUCAGCCGCGGCCAUCUCCCCCAUCAGAUGCUCCGCAGCCUCGCCCGACCUGUCGCCCGGCGCUCCGGCGCCGGCGCCGCCCAAGCCCCAAAUCGAGCUCGAGUUCGUCGGGCCUAAGCCGGGCGCCGACGGGUCGUACCCGGUGGACAGGGCGGCGGCGGUGAGCGGCGACAAGCUCCUCCGGGACGUCAUGCUUGAGAACAAGCUCGAGCUCUACGCGGCAUACGGGAAGCUGAUGAACUGCGGCGGCGGGGGCAGCUGCGGCACCUGCCUCGUCGAGAUAAUCGACGGGAAGGAGCUGCUGAGCCCAAGGACCGACGCCGAGAAUCGUUACCUGAAGAAGAAACCGGAGUCGUGGAGGCUCACCUGCCAGACGAUCGUCGGGAACAAGGAGAACUCCGGCAAGGUUGUCGUCCAACGGCUGCCCCAGUGGAAGAAAUGACUGAACAAUCUUGCAUGCACAUUCGAUGGACGGACAGAAUGUGAGAUCCAGCGCCAUGUACCUCCUGCUACCAAGUGUUGAGCCAAGAUGUCUAUCCUGGCAACAAGUUACUGACAUUUUGCAUGUGCACUUGUUCACUCCAGAGAUGAACAGAGCAAGAACGCAUCUGCUACUGCUGCUGGCAUCAGUUACAAACCUGUUUCUUGGCAAAUCCCUAGUACCAUGUAUGAUAGGGCGUAAUAGCACAAUUUGUGUAUCUAAAACCAUCUCCUGGUUUUCUUCCUGGAAUCAAUGGCAAAUUGUAAAUUGUGUAUCUAAAACCAGUAAAAGUUUCCAUUUUCCUUAA